AUGGGAGAAGACCACAGUUUAAAGACGAGCCACAUGGCUAUCGUCUUAGGGAUCGGACUAGGCGUGGUGCUGCUGAUUGUCUUGAGCUUAAUUCUAACUAUUGUCAUCAACCGGCGUGAUCACCGGGCGUUCUUGCGAUCGAGGAAAAAUCCAGAUGAGCGCUUGCGCAGCCUCGAUGCUGUUUCACCGACUCGCACCUUGGAACAGUGGUGGACUACCACGAAGGGUGCGAUGGGCCUGUCCGAAGCCGUGGAUAGCCAAUUUGUCUGUGCCGUUUGUUUGGAACAAGUGGCUCGCUCGGAAGAAAUUCGCGAGCUGCGGUGUUUGCACGUCUUUCAUCGGGAGUGUCUCGAAAAGUGGUUCUUGGGAGACCACUAUAACUGCCCUCUAUGUCACCGGGCGUAUUAUGUGCCAGAGCAUCCUCCGCGGAAUGACUAUGUAUGGAUGGUAUGA